AUGUGCUCAAUUCCGACGGAUCUGCUGAUCAAAGAGGAUUCCUCCGAGGACAGCAUCCAUCCAGACGGCUUGGCCAAUGACCUUAUAGACGAAAUUAUGAGAGAUCAUACUGUGAGAGGUGUCCACCACGAGUCGUCUUCCUUCGCGUCCUCGUCCAGUUUCCCCCCAGAAAAAUGCAAAAGUAAUGUGGAACAUCGUCUACACUACUGGAAAAACAUGCUUAUCCAGCGAAGGGCUUUGCAAGAGAGACUACGAAGUCAGUUGUGUAGGACUCCAGAACAGAUGAUUUUAAAUCACCAGGGAAAGAUAGUGAACCGUUCGGUGAAAGGCCUUGUGGAGAUUGUGGGACUACCCAGCCAUUUGGCUGCUGAAUUGUUAGGAAGGGAGAGUCCCGAGGAAAUAGAGGACUAUGAGGACAGUUCGACAAUAUCUCCACCUAAAAUCUGUAACCUUGAGGUUGUGGGUAGAAGGUACAAGGAUGUUCCUGACCUAAUAAAUACCAUUGGAGACACCUCUAAUGAGCUCAUAAGGUCAAGUGGCGGAGGUGGAGGUGAGGUCAUCCAACCGAUACAGACGAUCCAACAAUCGGUGACCGGGCCGGGCGUCCGUAUCAACGGAAACCAUUACUGGCCGCAUGUGCAGGAGUUCUCGCCAAUUGUGGACAGGACCUUUAUUAGCAAUCCCUUCCAGCGUCACCUGCGCACCAUUGUUCGCAUCGAGAACUGCGGAAAUCAACAGCUGCAUUUCACUUGGAGAAAGGUGAACUUCUUCUCAAACAACGAUACUCUGAUGGAAGCCGAUUCCGACGACUUUGUUUUCGAUGUGGCCCCGUUUAUCCUACUUCCAGGUGAAUUCCGGGAUGUUACGGUUCUGUACCAACCUCGAUAUGUGGCUAUUGUAAAACAACGCUGGAUGCUGUUGACCAGACCUCGGAUUUUCUUCUGCCGACCUUCAGGCUUUAUUUUGAACCUUAAUGGUCGCUGUACUCCGCCCAAGGAGUACCUGGACCGACUUAAACUAGAGAAGCUUCAGGUGACGGUCUGUGAGCCGCGGGUUCAUUUAAAGCAACGGAGUUCGAUACUCUGUCCAUAUGAAAGGGAGCUGGAGGAUCGUGAGGCUUUCAACCGACGGAAUAGGAGCUUUCAGUGCCAUAGUCACGAAGUCGUUGACCGUCUCUUGACCUUCUACAGGCGGCUGAGACUCCUGCAUCCAAUUUCAUUUCCUCCUUCCUGGGACUACAGUGUCCACUCGAUUAUUCACUUGGUGUGCAAAAGCCAGGAUAGUCGACAGCGCAUUGAGCACUUUUUGGAAUUAAGCCACCUUCUAGACGAUUUGCGAGGUGCACCGUCUGUGCCACUUAGUUUGGUGGACUCUCCUGAAAGAUUGAGGGAUCGGAAUCAUACCAAGCACCUCUAUGUGCGAGGAAUACUUGCCAGCAGAUUGGAGGAAUGGGAUGAGAAGGUCCAACUUCUCAGGUCAAGAGUUACCAAGGAAGAAAGCAAAAACUCUUACCAUUCAAAGUAUUUCAUGGACUCGAUAUAUAUCUUGUUAUACGGACUAAUUGGCAGUGCGGCUGAGGAUAUUGUGUCGGUGAUCGAGAGCACAGCUCUGAUCUAG